CACACUGCGCCUGUGCACUCGGUGCUGACUGCCUGCUGGAGGAAUGUACCAACCGCUGGAGUGGGGUGGGCGCGGAGGACCCGCCGACUGUUGCUCCCGGAAGUCGCCUCGGAACCUGGACCGCCCACCAAGCUCUGCAGGGCACUUGACGCCUUAUGGUUCGUGUAGACUCCACGCUGGCUCUCCACAGCGUCCACCGCGCUGUCAUCCUGGUGUGCUUCAGUGAAGAGAAAGGGGUGCCAGUCAUUGCCCAAGAUCCCGGACCCGCCCCAGGGACUGUCAGGAGACGAGGUUCCUCAAGCAGUAGCCUAAGGUGGGACACAGGCCUGGUUUCAGUACCCUGUUCUGUGUUCUCGGGAGCAGUGAAGCCCAUGGACUGCUCUGGUCCUCUGCUCUGCCACUGAGCGUCACGUUGCUGCUCUGGGUUUCUGUUUCUUCAAUCAAAAUAAGAGCGAAGGGACCUGCUGGCCCUUGAGCGGGGGUGUCGGAGACAGGCGUCCAGCCCAGGCCGAGUGGACGGGGCGUCCUUUGGGGUGAGCAGCCCGCUGACCGCCAGUGGCACCUGCGUCACCGUGACGGAGCUGCUGGGGCCCCGGCCACCUGGACCCACUUCGUCUCAUGGAGCCUCGGGGUGAGAAGUCGGGAGAGGCCGACGGGGUGCGCGUCACCCCUCAGCUGCUCAAGGCGCGCUCAGGCGAGUUCGCCCUGGAGUCCAUCCUGCUGCUGAAGCUGCAGGGCCUGGGGCUGGCGGACCUGGGCUGCCUGGGGGAGUGCCUGGGCCUCGAGUGGCUGGACCUUUCGGGCAACGCGCUCACCCAGCUGGGCCCGCUGGCCUCCCUGCGCCAGCUGGCUGUGCUCAACGUGGCCGACAACCGGCUGACGGGGCUGGAGCCCCUGGCCGCCUGCGAGAACCUGCAGAGUCUCAACGCCGCGGGCAACCUGCUGGCCGGCCCCGGGCGGCUGCAGUGUCUGGCGGCGCUGCGGGGCCUCGAGCGCCUGCGGCUCCGCGACCCCUUGGCCCGGCUCAGCAACCCGCUGUGCGCCAGCCCCUCCUACUGGGCCUCGGUCCGCGAGCUGCUGCCCGGCCUGAAGGUCAUCGACGGCGAGCGCGUGAGCGGGCGCGGCAGUGACUUCUACCAGCUGUGCCGGGACCUGGACAGCUCUUUGCGCCCCAGCUCCGGCCCCAGCCCCGGCCCGCGAGCCACGGAGGCCCAGCCCUGGGUGGAGCCCGGCUACUGGGAGUCCUGGCCCGCGCGCAGCAGCUCCAUCCUGGAGGAGGCCUGCCGCCAGUUCCAGGACACGCUGCAGGAGUGCCACGACCUGGACCGCCAGGCCAGGGACAGCCUGGCCCAGGCCGAGCAGGCGCUCAGCCCCGCAGGCGCCACCUCCUUUGUCUUUUGAAUGCGCCCUGUGGCCGUGGCCCGUGGGGUUGGCACGCUGUGGCCUCCGUGCUUGUCCUCAUGGCUUCAUCAUGCUGGCCACCGGCCCUGCACACGGGCCUCUUGUGGGCCCCCUUCCCUGAGAGCAGCCCCUCUCCCUCUCACACCUCCCCUCCCUCUCACACCUGCCUCAAGGAGAAUUCCCCACCCAGCCAUCAGGGACACACGUCCCUUGGACCCUCCUCAGGCAGCUGGCACUGCGUGAGGCUGUCCUGCACCUACGCUGUGCUCUGGGAGGAGGCCCGGCCUCCUCGUGCCUGUAGCUGCUGCCACUCCUGGCUGCCUGAGCCUGAGGCUUAGUGGAAUAAACUUGCUUGGUCCUAAGGCUGAAGGUGAGAGGCAGGGAUGGCGAGCCUCCUGCCCAGCCCGUCCUGGGAGACGACGCGGCAGAGCUCGGAGCGUGGAAGCCGCAUCUUCCAGGUUCGCCUGUCCAAGUGACCCUCUGCUGUGCCCCCCGUCCCGGGUCUCCCUGAAGCCUCCGCUGCCAUGCCCACCCGUGCCAAUCCCCAUUAAAUACUCGCGUUUUAA